AUGAACUUUUUCCACUGGGGUGAAUUUGAUCCAAAUUUAACAGUUAAUUCUUGGUUCGUAAGUCCUAAAACAUUAAAAAUUUUUCGCCUUGUGGUGGCUAUUUAUUCUUGGAUUAUUGUAAUUGGAGAUCUGUUAGAUUAUGCAUUACGUCCUCAAACGCUUACAAUAGAUGGUUUCGAUAAUGAUGCGGAAUGUUUUUUAUGUUAUUUUACUAAUUUGAGUUAUAUUGGUCAAACAAUUUAUUUUACGGUCGCAGUAUUCUAUUCAUUCCGGUCAGACUCCCUUGAAAAUUUUUCAAAAUUACACAACUUUUUAUUUUGGAUUCUUUAUCACACUCUUGUACAUUAUCAUGCAAAUAAUCCGUGGUACGUCUGGUGGUUAAAUGUUUCUGUUCAUGGCGUAGAAUUUGUAACCAUGUUGAUUGAAUUAUUUUUAAAUCGUCAAAUAAUGAAAAUAUCUUUCAUAUUUAUAACCAUUCCUUUUCAAAUACUUUAUAUGUUGGAGGCUUUCCUUCUUUAUGAUACACAUAGAGAUUAUAUUGGAAGAAAACAUUCGAAAAAAUCAUCUGAAAAUUUUAGUGAUCCUCAAAUGAGUACAGUAGACAAUGUGUAUCCUAAAUGGUCUUUGUUUAUCUGGGAUGAGGACGAAAUGGUGUCACAGUGGAUGUUGAAUAUUACAUCUCAAAGUGAAGGACAAUGA